CUCAGUCGACAGCAAAUGAUUAGAGAUUGCCGAGUACUCGAGUGCGAGACUCCUGAGUGAAAGAAAUCUGGUAAAUUUCACUUUUUUGUUUGACAUUUGAGGGAUUUCAACCCACCCUAGAGGUACCUAUCCACAUCAAGAUGAUACUUGGGAAAUAUUGAGGCCUAACAUUUCGUGACAGUAGAGUUUGGAGUACCACUGGUCUACAGUGUUGGCUGCCCAACUAACUUCUAUCUUAUUGGAGACAUAUGCCUGAGCCUCUUGCAGACGGAUGACCUGACAUUCACUGAUGCUGAGGCAAAAUGCAAGACUCUCAAUUCAGAGGCUACGCUUGCUAUUGUGAAAGACUACCGCACACAAGCCCAAAUUGUUGCAUUUAUGAUGUCCUUGGACAACACCCAGGAUGUAUACAUUGGACUCAAAGCUACCCCUGCUAACCCCUUCUAUACUUGGAGCGAUGGGACGGCAUUAGAUGUGUCGUUUACUCGAUGGGGAGUUGGGCAGCCAGAUGGAUAUGCAUUCUUGACCAAUACAGAGUAUUGCGUUGUACUGGAUAACAGCAACGAGAAGCAGCCUGGCUAUUGGUAUGAUGUGCCCUGCACUGAGCAGCAUAGAUACAUCUGCAGCAGAAAAACGGAUGAUAGCGACAAUGACAAACCAAUACCUGGGACUCGAUGCACUGACGAUUUCAUUCCGUUUGGCAGUAGUGCAUGUUUUUACUUGUACAAUAACGCAACCAAAAGUUAUGAUGAUGCACAAGCUGCAUGUCGUGCCAUCAACCCAGGGCCCCAAUACGAAGUGAAUCUUGCUACAGUACUGAAUGGCUACGAGUCAGCUCUCGUGGAGACUUUGAUGUACUCAUUUGAUGUACCAUCUGCUUGGAUUGGAUUGAAAUCAAAUAACAAUGAAUUUGGAUGGGAGAUUGACUACCCUAUAGUCUAUACUAAUUGGGGAACGGAUGAACCCAGUGGUCAAACUGGUGAAGGAUGUGUGCGUGCUAGGAUCGAUGGGAACAAUUGGGACGACACAACCUGUGCUGACACAGCAGCAUACAUUUGCCGUUUCGAUAAACUAGCUAUGACGUACCCAACUCCUGACCCAGAUACAGUGAUUUUACCCUGCCCCAAUAGUGACUGGAUCUCCCAAGGUGAAAACUGCUACUACUUCUCUGACAGAAAGACAGACUGGGGAGAGGCCAAUUACAGAUGCAUGCGGAUGUAUGACGGUGCCAUGCUUGCGAGCAUCACUUCAUCAGCUGACAACGAAUUCAUUUAUACAACAAUGCAAGCCAAACACCAAAAAGAACUUUAUGUUUGGAUUGGACUGACACGUGUACAGACUGGCAAUGAUAAUUGGGGCACAUUUGAGUGGAUUGAUCAGGAAGAGUUGAAUUACGCCCUCUGGAGUGCAGACCAGCCUGACGGAAAUGAUCCAAAUGCAGCUCUGUUGGAGUCUUGUGUUGCCAUGUCCAUUACCACUGCAGGUGCAGGGGCCUGGCUGGACGAAAUUUGCCAGUUCAGUGCCCUCUACUCUGUUUGCAAACUGCCCAAACAGAACUCUUAUCAGGCACGGAUUUGUGGCGGGAAUGUUGAAGAGUUAAAAGUUGGAGAUCAGUGCUACUUUCCAAGUACUCUUUUGGGACCUACACAGUCUGACAAAACCUGGACUGAAGCAGAGAAUACAUGUCGCGAAUAUCGUGGCCACCUGACGACUGCCAAGGAUCUGGAUGAGCAAAACUUGGUGCGGACAUUGUCAUUCGGUUUUGCAAGGAGUUACUGGCUUGGUUUGCGGGAUGAAGGCGCAGGCUUUGGCUGGAGUGACGGCACUGGGUUUAACAUCAGUACAGACUACUCGGCAUUCCCUAAUGGUCAACUUCCAGACAACCUGGCCGGUGAAGAAGAUUGUACAGAACUGCGUAUAUGGCAGAACGGAGAGUGGGGAAGAAGUGCUUGUGGGAAUUUACUCAAGUUUGUCUGCCAACGAGAGGAGACCACAACUACACCAUUUCCGCCUUUACCAGGCUAUCCAGACUCUGGCGAGUGCCCCAAGGAUUACUUCAGGCUGGACAACAUGUGCUUCAACUUGAGAGGCACAGAUGAAAGUCAACGUGUGGGCUGGAUCACUGCCAGAGAUGAUUGUAAGACGCCUUCAGUUGCAGGGACAACCCUUGCCACUAUUAGCAACCCUGGACAGCAAGCUCUGUUGACGGCCAUAAUUAAGGGAGUAGGUGCAGACAUGUGGAUUGGCUUGAAUGGUAUAGGCAUCCACGAUCAAUAUCAUUGGACUGAUACAACACGAUUGGACUAUACGAGCUGGGCACCAGGCCAACCUGACAAUGCUUUGCCAAUUACUGAUCCGAACUCUGCUAGUUGUGUGGCGAUGAUGAAUGACCCCAAUGACCCUGGUCUGUGGAAUGAUGCCAUGUGUACUACCCCACGAGCCUACCUCUGUCAGUCACCAUUAGUGUCAUCUGGUGGUGAUCCUCCUCCCCUACCAGGAAACCCAUGUGCAGACACCAAGUACUCCAACUACUUUGACACAUGUUUCCUUAUGGAGAGCACUAACACACGCUCGUUUGAUGCGGCCAAAACAGAUUGCGAGAAUAGGGAUGGUAACUUGCUGUCAGUGAAUGACCAAUACGCGGGGGCGCUAUUCACGUAUCUCCUGUACCAAGCUGGUACUGAUGCUUCAGAUGAUGAAGCCUGGUUGGGAUUGAGGCGUAAUUCUUUAACUGGAGUAUUUGAGUGGGUUGACAAGUGGCCGCUGCAGUUCACCAGAUGGGGUCCCAAUGAACCAAACAACAACAAUGGAGAUUGUGUGGCACUAACUCGUGAUGGCUUCUGGGCUGUCCGCCAAUGCGACGCUAAAAAGUUCUACUUCUGCAAAUAUCCCUCUACUCCGCCAGAUGUUCCAGGGCUGAAGGGAGGGAUCUGUUCUCCUGACUACGUAGAAUUCCCAGGAUCGGAUGACUGCUACUUGUUUGAUACAACGGCCACAAAGAUACAGCAACAAGCUGGAGAUCUAACAUGUGCCAUUAAUCACGACGGAGGCAUAUUGCCCAGCAUUCACAGCAAAGUAGAGGAAGAUUUUGUCAAGGCUGAAGCCAAAAAAGUCUUUGGGGAAAACGCCCAAAUUUGGCUGGGUGUAACUCGCAAUGCAGAUGACUUCAAUACCUGGUUUGAUGAGAGUCUGAUGGACUACGUGAACUGGGAUGCCGAUGAACCUACUGAUGAUAACAAUGCAAACAACAAUGGCGUCCUGUUGGAUGUGAAUGGCGGAUGGAGUGACGUCGCCUCUACUGAGAGACACAACUACAUCUGCAAAUCUCCCAAAUAUCCAGCCCCUCCCACCUCUCCCCCAAUUGUCACAGUUUCCCCACCAAAACCAGGUUGCCCAGAUAAUUUCUAUCGUAUUGGAGACAUAUGCCUGAGCCUGUUGAAUACGGAUGACCAGACAUUUGCUGGUGCUGAAACAAAAUGCAGGACUCUCAAUUCAAAGGCUACGCUUGCUAUUGUGAAAGACUAUCGCACACAAGCUCAAAUUGUUUCAUUUAUGAUGUCCUUGGACAACACCCAGGAUGUAUACAUUGGACUCAAAGCUACCCCUACUAACCCCUUCUAUACUUGGAGCGAUGGGACGGCAUUAGAUGUGUCGUUUACUCGAUGGGGCGUUGGGCAGCCAGAUGGAUAUGCGUUCUUGACCGAAAAAGAGUAUUGUGUUGUACUGGAUAACAGCAACGCGAAGCAGCCUGGCUAUUGGUAUGAUGUGCCCUGCACUGAGCAGCAUAAAUACAUCUGCAGCAUGGAAGUAGAUGACACAAUAACUACUGGCAAACCGAUACCCGCCCGCCGAUGUGAUGGCAAUUUCAUCGCCUUAGGCACUGCAUGUUUUUACUUGUACAAUAGUGCACCCAAAAAAUAUGAUGAUGCACAAGCUGCAUGCCAGGCCAUAAGUCCAGGGGGCAAAUACGAAGUGAAUCUUGCUACCGUACUGAAUGGCUACGAGUCGGCACUUGUGGAGACUUUGUUAUACUCAUAUGAUGUACCCUAUGCUUGGAUUGGAUUGAAAUCAGAUAACAAUGAAUUUAGGUGGGAAUUUGACUACCCUAUAGUCUAUACUAAUUGGGGGAAGGAUGAACCCAGCGGUCAAGCUGGUGAAGGAUGUGUGCGUGCCAGGAUCGAUGGGGACAAUUGGGACGACACAACGUGUGCUGACACAGCAGCAUACAUUUGCCGUUUUGAUUCACCAGCAUUGACCUACCCAACUCCUGACCCGGAUUUGGUGAAGUUACCCUGCCCCGAUGAUGACUGGAUCUCCCAAGGUGAAAACUGCUACUACUUCUCUAACAGAAAGACAGACUGGGGAGAGGCCAAUUACAGAUGCAUGCGGAUGUAUGAGGGUGCCAUGCUUGCAAGCAUCACUUCAUCAGCUGACAACCAAUUCAUUUAUGAAAGGGCCAAAGCCAAAUACCCAGCAGAACAAUUUGUUUGGAUUGGACUGACACGUGUACAGACUGGCAGUGAUAAUUGGGGCACAUUUGAGUGGAUUGAUCAGGAACAGUUGAAUUAUGCCCUGUGGAGUGCAGCCGAGCCUGACGGAAAUGAUCCAAAUGCAGCUCUGUUGGAGUCUUGUGUUGCCAUGUCCAUUACCUCUGCAGGUGCAGGGGCCUGGCUGGACGAAAUUUGCCAGUUCAGUGCCCUCAACUCUGUUUGCAAACUGCCCAAACAGAGUUCUUAUCAGCAACGGAUUUGUGGCGGGAAUGUUGAAGAGUUGAAAGUUGGAGAUCAGUGCUACUUUCCAAGUACUAUUUUGGGACCUACACAGUCUGACAAAACCUGGACUGAAGCAGAGAAUAAAUGUCGCGAAUAUGGUGGCCACCUGACAACUGCCAAGGAUCUGGAUGAGCAAAACUUGGUGCGGACAUUGUCAUUCGGUUUUGCAAGGAGUUACUGGCUUGGUUUGCGGGAUGAAGGCGCAGCUUUUCGCUGGAGUGACGGCACUGCGUUUAACAUCAAUACCGACUACUCGGAAUUCCCUGGUGGUCAACUUCCUGAGAACCUGGCUGGUGAAGAAGAUUGUACAGAACUGCGUAUAUGGCAGAACGGAGAGUGGGGAAGGAGUGCUUGUGGAAAUUCACUCAAAUUUGUCUGCAAACGAGAGGAGACCUCAACUACACCACUUCAGCCUUUACCAGGCUAUUCAGACACUGGCGAGUGCCCCCAGAAUUACUUCAGACUGGACAACAUGUGCUUCAACUUGAGAGAAACUAAAAAGGGCUGGAUCGAUGCUAGAGAUGAUUGUAAGACGGCUUCAGUUGCAGGGACAACCCUUGCCACAGUUAGCAACCCAGGACAGCAAGCUCUGUUGACGGCCAUAAUUAAGGGAGUAAGCGGGGACAUGUGGAUUGGCUUGAACGGUAUAGGCGUCCACGAUCAAUAUCAUUGGACUGAUGCGACACGAUUGGACUAUACGAGCUGGGCACCAGACCAACCUGACAAUGCUUUGCCAAUUACUGAUCCGAACUCUGCUAGUUGUGUGGCGAUGAUGAAUGAUCCCAGUGACCCUGGUCUGUGGAAUGAUGCCACGUGUACUACCUCACGAGCCUACCUCUGUCAGUCACCAUUAGUGUCAUCUGGUGGUGAUCCUCCUCCCCUACCAGGAAACCCAUGUACAGACAACAAGUACUCCAACUAUGACGACACAUGUUUCCUUAUGGAGGACACUUACAAGCGCUCGUUCGAACAGGCCAGAAUAAAUUGCGAGAGUAGGGAUGGUAGCUUGCUGUCAGUGAAUGACCGAUACGCGGGGGCGCUAUUCACGUACCUCCUGUACCAAGCUGGUACUGAUGAUGAAGCCUGGUUGGGAUUGAGGCGUAAUUCUGAUACUGGAGUAUUUGAAUGGAUUGAUGAGUGGCCGCUGCAGUUCACCAAAUGGGGUCCCAAUGAACCAAACAACAACAAUGGAGAUUGUGUGGCACUAACUCGUGCCGGCAACUGGGCUGUCCGCCCAUGCAGCGCUAACAAGUUCUACUUCUGCAAAUACCCCUCUACUCCGCCAGAUGUUCCAGGGCUGAAGGGAGGGAUCUGUCCUCCUGACUACGUAGAAUUCCCAGGAUCAGAUGACUGCUACCUGUUUGAUACAACGGCCACAACGAUAAAACAAGAAGCUGGAGAUCUAACAUGUGCCACUAGCCACAACGGAGGCAGAUUGCCCAGCAUUCACAGCAAAGCAGAGGAAGAAUUUGUCAAGGCUGAAGCCAAAAAAGUCUUUGGGGAAAACGCCCAAAUUUGGCUGGGUGUAACUCGCAAUGCAGAUGAAUUCAAUACCUGGUUUGAUCAGAGUCUGAUGGACUACGUGAACUGGGAUGUCAAUGAACCUACUGAUGAUAACGAUGCAAACAACAAUGGCGUCCUGAUGGAUGUGAAUGGCAGAUGGAGUGAUGUCGCCUCUACUGAGAGACACAACUACAUCUGCAAAUCUCCCAAAUUUCCAGCCCCUCCCACCCCCAAACCAACCAGUUCAGCCAUUAAACCAGUUGCUGGAUGGUUGUCUAUCCUCUUGACUGGAGCUGCCAUCGUGUUUGCCAGACGUUAAAGAAGUUUCUAGUCUUCACAGUGCCUUGCGUCAGUAGGAACAGCAUCUGGGCACCCGUCUGAUAACCCAAUUCCUAUGAUGAUAGCCUUUAUUAGUGUCUUUAUGAAAUGCAGUUGCAUUGAUGGUUGGACACAACGAUUGACAAUGAGCGUAAACAAUACAUGACUCAAAUACACAAAUAUGUUUGAAUUGUACAGAUAUUCAAUCAAACCAUUUUGAGUGAGAUUUUCAGAUUGCUUGUCAUGAUUUCAUUUAGUUUGCAGAUUAAAAAAAUUCCAGCAUUUGAAGACUCAUGUGUGGCCAUUAUAAAUGUCCUUUUUUAUUUCCUAGCCCGAGUAUAUUAACAUGAUAACCAAAUAUAUUCGAAUUAUGCAAAAUAGCAACAGUAUUUAGUUCUGCUAUUUGUAAUGGAACUGUUUAACAGUGAUAAGUCAUUCACUAGGAGAAUCUACAAUGUAAAUUGACAAGAGUGAGACUUGAACCUUAGACCUGAUGAUUACCAUUCUGCUGUGUCCCCCCAAUUUGACUGUAAAGCCAAUUCAACACUUAUUCCCUGAGGCAUUUUGGAUCGGCGUAUUCCUAAUUCCUCCAAAGUCCACUUUGAAAAAAACAGCGGCACUGUCUUGAUAUGUAACUUUCACAGGGCAUCAGAAUUAAUUUAAAGUAAGAAAGGCUGGGCUCUUUAUCUGCUUCAUUUUUUAAAAUUCUUCAAAACCCCUUGGGAGAUAUUGAAUGACAAAAAUGAGACACAACUAGUCAGUUUAGUUGAUGCAGCACCUGUAUGGCAUUCUUGAGGUUGGAGGUUCACAUCCCAUUGAAAAGUUUUAUUUCUUCGCCCACUCUAAACAUUGCAUCAUCUGUAACCAGUUAAUUCGUAUUACUUUGUGGACUAUUUGAUCGACUCUUAACAAUGUUUACUUGUACAUUUCUAAUUUCUUUUUUUUUUUACCAUAUGUGGCAGAUAAUUAAACCAAUCAAUCCAAACAAGUAUUAUAUAAGUAUUUUUGUUUGUUAAAUAAAAGAGCUGCUGUUUCUGUAAAGAAAUGUCUAAAGGAAAACAUUGUAUGUUACAAAUAUUUCAUAAUUGUUAAAGUAGCUGUCUUAGGUUAGCUCUUGAAUAGAUGGAUCGAUUGAUUCUCAAGAUGAAUAAUUCUUAUGCUUUGUUGCUGAUAUUCUUUUAUUGCAUAAGCUUGUCAAUUUUAAAAAGGUUGCCUUUUUGCUUUGUAUUUGCUUGAAGUGAAUAUGUAGUAAAUAUCAAAUAUAAGUUAAUCUUGGAUAAAU